AUGGGGGUGGGUUGGAUGAAGGAUGUUUUUGGGGUUGGGGUGGCUGAAGGAUGUUGUGGGGGUGUGGUGGAUGAAGGAUGUUGUGGGGGUAGGGUGGAUGAAGGAUGUUAUGUGGGUGGGUUGGAUGAAGGAUGUUGUGGGGGUGGGUUGGAUGAAGGAUGUUAUUGGAGUGGGGUGGCUGAAGGAUGUUGUGGGGGUGGAAUGGAUGAAGGAUGUUAUUGGAGUGGGGUGGCUGAAGGAUGUUGUGGGGGAUGUUGUGGUGGUGGAGUGGAUGAAGGAUGUUGUGGGGGUAAGGUGGCUGAAGGAUGUUGUGGGGAUGGGGUGGCUGAAGGAUGUUAUGGGGAUGGGGUGACUGAAGGGUGUUGUGGGGGUGGGGUUGAUGAAGGAUGUUAUGGGGGUGGGGUGGAUGAAGGAUGUUGUGGGAGUGGGGUGGAUGCAGGAUGUUGUGGGGGUGGGGUUGAUGAAGGAUGUUAUGGGGUAGGGGUGGAUGAAGGAUGUUGUGGGGGUUGGGUGGAUGAAGGAUGUUGUGUGGAUGGGGUGGCUGAAGGAUGUUGUGGGUUGGGGUGGAUGAAGGAUGUUGAGGGGAUGGGGUGGAUGAAGGAUGUUGUGGGGUGGGGUGGAUGA